AUGACAAAAACAUUGAAAUCUAAAAAUACAUCAAUGAGUAAAGACAGAGUGUGUCAUACUUUACAGUACGUUUUCUAGUCAUGUGAGAAUUAUUUACUACAGUUGUAAGCUAGAUCUACAUCAUUCUAAUGUAACUAUUUUGAAAAUCAAAACUGCUCCAGAACUGAUAUUGAAGUUGAGGAUCAUCUGUGGUACUGCCUAAGUGUACUUACUUGACCAGAUUGAAUUUGAGGUACAACCAACCUGCAUUGCAACUUGAACAUUUGUGAAACAAGGCACAAGAGCUGUAUAUUUGGAAUAGUCUUGCACUAAUAUAUAGGACUAGCCUCUCAUCAUGGAAUUUUUAUUUGGCCGUAAGAAGACCCCUGAUGAAAUGCUACGACAGAAUCAAAGAGCUCUUACAAAAGCAAUGCGGGAUCUUGAUAGGGAAAGACAAAAGAUGGAGCAACAAGAAAAAAAAGUCAUUGCAGAUAUCAGAAAAAUGGCAAAGCAGGGUCAAAUGGAUGCAGUUAAAAUCAUGGCAAAAGAUUUAGUUAGAACUCGGCGAUAUGUGAAGAAAUUCAUCUCUCUCAGAGCUAACAUCCAGGCAGUUUCACUCAAAAUUCAAACUUUAAAAGCCAAUAACACAAUGGCUCAGGCUAUGAAAGGAGUAACAAAGGCAAUGGCUACCAUGAAUAAGCAGCUCAAAUUGCCUCAGAUUCAAAAAAUUAUGAUGGAGUUUGAGAAACAAUCUGAAAUUAUGGACAUGAAGGAAGAAAUGAUGAGUGAUGCCAUAGAUGAUGCUUUGGGAGAUGAAGACGAUGAGGAGGAAAGUGAUGCCAUUGUCGCUCAAGUUUUGGAUGAGCUGGGAUUACAGUUGGCAGAUGAAAUGUCUGGUUUACCUAGUACAGGAAAAAGUUUGGCAUCAGAUGCAAGCAAAACACCACAGGCAGCAGCUGUAGCUGAUGCAGAUGCUGAUCUUGAGGCCAGAUUGGACAAUUUGAGAAGGCAGUAACAGUAUCUCAUUCUCACUUCACGUCUAUAUAAAUAAGUUUGAGAGAAUGUUGUGCAAUUGUGUGCCCUCACCACUUGGUGAAAUGAUUUUUUUAAAUCAAAUCGAACAUGAACUUGUUUUUGUUGUAAUAUAUCUCUAAAUAGCCUAAAAAAAAUAAAAAAAAGUAAUAAAUUUUACUUAUAUAUCAUUUUCAUUUUACAUUUGUAAAUAAGUAUGUUGUUAAGAAACUCCUUUUUACACAUAUUAUGAUGUCUGCAUUAUAAUUCCAUUAGCUGUAAAGUAUAUGCUAUUGAAUAAUUUAAAAGUAUUGUUUAGAUUCAGUUUGACAUGUAUAUUCCUUGGCUACCAAAAAUUUAAAGGCUGUGUUCUUUAUCGUCUAAAUCUUUUAUUAUGGAAAGUAGAAAACUUGGGUUAUUUUUUGUUUCUUGUUUAGAUAAUCAUUUUGCUUAGAUUUUUUAUUUUUAUGCAUAUCAAGCUACAAAAAUGCAUUAUUUCAUCAAGAAACUCUUGACACAUUUUUAUGGCCAGCAAAUUAUGGAUGUUUAUUGUAUAGGAAUGGACUCUACUUAGAUCUUAAUAUCAAAGCCUGAGACUUCUAAAGCUAACCAUUGAAGUAACCGUCACUGUUGUAUUUGUUCAACCUUUCAACUGUUGACCUUAACCCAUCUAUUUUGAUUAUUUAAUGAAGAAAAUAAAACGUGAAAAAAAGUAUGAUGCUGAACAUUG